AUGGAGAGGGAAGAGGAAGCGCAGAGAGAGGAGGUGGGGGAGGAGGAGGAGGAGGAGGAGGAGGAGGAGGAGGAGGCGGAGGAGGAGGAGGAGGAGGAGGAGGAGGAGGAGGAGGAGGAGGAGGAGGAGGAGGAGGAGGAGGAGGAGGAGGGGAAGGAGGAGGAGGAGGGGUCUGGGGAGGAAGAGGAGAUGAGUGAGGAGGAGGAGGAGGAGAGCGAGGGAGGGGAGGGGCAGCGAGUGCUGUUCUUUAAUGACACGGACAGCAGCGUGGAUGGCGGCAUGGAUGGCGGCGACAGCCAUAGCUAUGGGCAUGCGGAUGGGAAUGACAGUAAUUAUGGUCGUGCGGAUGGGGGUGGUUGUGGGGGCGCGGACGACGGUAAUGUGGGUGACCUUGCUGGGGGGAGUGGCGGGGGGAAGAGGCGCGCGAGGAGGCGCAGGGGCGGUGGCGGGAGAGGGGAGAGCGGGAGCAGGAGCAGCAGUAGAGGUGGGGAGGGAAUGGGGGGAAGCUUGGGGGGAAGCGUGGGGGGGAGCAUGGGGGGAAGCAGCGCUGGAGGAAGCUUCAGGGGGAGCAUCGGGGAAAGCAUUGGUGGGAGUAUUGACGGAGGAAGCAUAGUGGGGAGCAUGGGCGGAGGAAGCAGAGGGGGAAGCAUGGGCGGAAGCAUGGGCGGCAGUGGCAGCGCGGAGGAGGAGGCGGAGGGUUCCUUUGACUACCCCCUGUCGCCGCGCUCCCUCUCCGGGCGGUUCCUGGAUAGAAUGGAGAUUUCGGAGGGAAUGGGGGGAAUGGAGGCAGAGGCGUUCCCACGGGAGGGGGCGGUGUUUUCCCGGGAGACAGAGGACAGGGCGAGGCUGCGGCGGCCGUGGGCCAGUAGUGAGGAGCACUAUAGCGGGGAUGGGAGGGACAGGGAUGGGAGGGGCGGAGUACGGCACUAUAGCGAAGGGAGCAGGGGGGCAGGUAGCGGGGGAGAGAGGGGUUGGAAGGAUGGUCGAUGGAGUGAGGGUAGUGCAGAGGCCGAAGCUGAGGCAGAGGGAGAGGGGAUUGGGUGUGUGAAUUAUGAAGGUGAGUAUCUGAGCCCGGGGGGUACCGGGGGUGCAAGCCUUGAAGACGAGUACUUGCCUCUCAACAAAGGGCCCGGGUGGUCGCCGCAUCAGCAGCCGCAGAAGCACCAUCAGCAUGAGCAUGAGCAGCAGCAGCAGCAGCAGCAGCAGCAUCAUGGGAGCGUGGUGCUGGCAAGUGAGGGGGACAGCAAAGGCUUGGGUCCAGCAAGGGGAGCGCGUGGGCAGAGCGUGGGGCUGGCGGGUGAGGGGCGAGGGGAGCAGUGGGGCCGGGGAAGCGGAGACGAGGCACAGGUGUACAGGCAGAGAGGUGAAGGUGGAGAUGAAGGAGAGGAUGAAGAUGGGAGUGAAGGUGGCGACCUUGAGGUGGCGCCGUAUGAGUCCACUAGCGGACGCUCCUUGCCAUCCGAUGCGCCGUGUGUGCCGCCUGAUGUGUCGUGCGACGCGGUGCAGAUUCCCAAUGAGAUGCGCAUUGGCGAUGAGCUGGCCAUCCGAUUCACCCUCACCAACAACUCCCCCCUCCCGCUGCAAGGCGAGGUGGAGGUGGUGGCAGCAGUGGAGUGGGCGAGUGAGAGCGACAGCGAGCGAGACAGCGCGCGGGGGGCACUCACGCCCGGCUCGGUCAAGCGGGGAGGCGAGAGGUCAGCAGGCAGGAGGCAGCGGCGGGAGAAGCGGGAGUUCCUGCCGCCCCUCGCCGCCCACGAGAGCGUGACCAUCGACGUCCACCUGGCACUUGAUGAUUCGUCGCUGCCGGCGCCCUUCUCCCUCGCGUCUGUAUCGACCGAGCUUGUGGUGGAGGGCCAGCGCUCGCACAAGCGACUCAUCUGCCUGGGUAAAUGCCAUGCACGGCUGGCCCAAGCAGCCCCACCAGAUCAUAAGCGGCCCUCCUCACCACUCCUUCCCUCCCGUACCCCCCUUCCCCACCCACCUCCUCCUCUCCCCACCCACCUCCUCCUCUCCCCACCCACCUCCUCCUCUCCCCACCCACCUCCUCCUCUCCCCACCCACAGGCGCAAGCAGGUGCGGCUGGUGCCUGGGUACGUGCCAGGCACGGCUGAGGGAGGCAGCAGCCCUACGGGGCAGUGGGUAAUGGGCGCAGGGGGGACAGCGGGGCAGCAGCAGUGGGCGGAGGUGCUGUUGCUGACAGAUGAGCGCUUCACAUCCACGCAAUAUGGCGCGUGGCGCUCCAUCUGCUGCCUGCUCGGGCUGCAGCACACAGUGUGGGACAUUCGGUUGCAAAAGGGACUGCUCGCACCCGACGCCACAUCAACAACCGCGGCAGCAGCAGCAUCAACGCCAGCAGGAGGGAGGGCCAGCCCCAACGCGCCCAGCACAUCUAACCCCAAAUCACCCCGCUUUCCUGCCACCACCACCACCACCACCACCGGCACCACCAACACUGGCACUGACAAUGACCCUCCCGGGUGGCUAUCCCGACAUGCCCUGGUCGUUCUCCCCCACGCGCCCCCCGCCUCCAAGCUUCCCCCCCUACUGCUGCGCGUGCUGCCGCAGAUGGUCGCGACCAGGGGAGGCGUAUAUGGCGCCGAAACCGUGGGUGUGCUUAUAGGGGGGGUAUCUGCUGCCCAGCUUGCAAACCACAUGCUGGAGCUCGCACAGACUGUCAGGACUCUGGAGGUGCCGCUGAAUUUGAGUGUGAAACACCUGAAACACCUGAAGCACCUGAGGCAGCACCUGAAGGAGUUGACCCCAGGUGGUGGGGGUGGGGGGGUGGCGGGUGCAGGAGUGAUGUCGUGCUUUCUGCCGUUUGGGCAGAGGAGUCCGAGAGGGGGUGGUGGGAGCGGCGGCGGCAGUGGGAAUGGUGUGGCGCUAGCUGCCACAGCACAGGCACAGAAGCUCAGGGCUGAUCUACGAAGCGAGUUUCCUGAGUAUCGGCAUUUCGUGGAAAUCCACCUACCACUGGACCAGCAGCAGCAACCGCAGACUCAGACACAAAAGAAGCAGCAGAAGCAGCAGCGGAAGCAUCAAAAGGAGCAGCAGGAGAAGCAGGGGGAGGGGGGCAGCAUGGCUAGAGUGCGCGUCGCCCGGGGCCACCUGCCUUCCCUCUUCCGCCUGCAUGCCCUCCCCCUUGCUGCUGACAUCACUCUGCCGCCCACUUCCGACACCCUCGCCGCCCCGCUGCCGACCGCUGCCCAACCCAUCACCUCCCACUCCCUCCCCUCCUUUCCCUCCUCGUCCCCUCCUAGCCUCACCCAGCUUCCCCGCUUCUCAGUCUCUUCCGAGCCUCCGGAGCUCUCCCUGGUUCGGCGAAGGUCCGGUGGGAGGCCCGGGGUGGGAGGGGAUUAUCCAAUGGAUGAGGAGGAAGAGGGGGAGGAAAUGGAGAGUCAGAGGCUAGGGGCGGGUGCAGCAGCGGGAGAGGGGAUGGCAGGAGUGGGAGGGAUGCUUUCCAGGAAGGCGCUGACUGAUGUGUCGGACAGGAUGCGCCUGGGGAAGGGCGCAGUAGGAGGGAUGACUGGCAGCAUGAACAGUAACCCACACAUGAACAGUAACCCACACAUGAACAACACUCCGGAGAUGAUGCAGAAAAUGAUGUCUAUGAGCCUCCCCGGCUCGCUGCUGCAGGCAUUCGGGCACGGUCGGUUGGACUCGGGUAACGAACAGCCUGCCAUCGCUCGCACUCACACCGACUCGCCUAGACCUUCCCACCAGUCACGGCACCACCACCACCCAGUCCCGUACCACCAGCAGCAGCAGAAGCAACAGCAAGCCCAGCAGCAGCAGCAGUGGCAGCAGCAACAGCAGCAAUCGCAACAGCAGCAGCAGCAGAGAUCUCCGCAGCAGCUAUCCAUUCAGGCCCCACCAGUUGUGAGCCCGAACCAGACAAGCAGGCUUGGAAGCAGCUUCGGCAAGGUCCCGAGGCUGAUUCCGCUGGGCGGCGAGGACUCGGUGUACGGCGCGAGUGUGAUGGGGGUGCUGGCAGCUCUGCCGAUGCAGGUGAAGGUGGAUGUGGUGUUCAGAGUGGUGCAGUGGGGUUCCAGCCACUUUGACCUCCCUUCCUUCGAAGGGUUUGUGGGGACGAAACCCAAGCGCCUGCCCCUGUUGCUGCUGGUUUCCUUGGCUAUUUAUGAAGAUCUGAUUCUGGAUUGUAACAGCGGGUGGCGGGACAUGCCGCACUGCGCCGCCUUGCUGCAGGUGAUAGAGAGGAGGGAGCGGGCGGCGGCGCCUGUCUGGGACUGGCCGCCCACUCAGCCGUGCGUGGAUGCUCUGAUGGCGCCUCUCAUGCUGCUGCACACCAAUCAGAUGCUGCCACAUGUCACCAGCUCCUCUUCUUCCUCCCUUCUCUCCUCCACCUCUUCCUCUUCCUCCUCCUCCUCCUCCUCCUCCUCCUCAUCUACCACACUCACGCAUGAGCAGCAAACAGCAGUCUCACAGUACGUCGCACGGGCGGCAAAGCUGUUUGGUGCUGAUGUGGCACCUGCUGACGUGGUGAUGCCAGAUGGCCGCCAGCUGGCGGGGAUACGGCAGCAGCUGGAGGAGGCGAGGGCGGUGCUGCAGCCCCAUUGGUGGGAGGAGCACUGGGCGGCGGAGGAGGAGGUGGGGGUUGUGGUGGUGGAUGGGGAGGAGGACGAGGAGGAGGGGUGA